UUGUUUACAUGGAGAGCUGGUGCUUCAUCAGUCCAUCCCCCUGACCAUCCCUCACCCUUUUCCCCCCAGGACUUACACCGUAUUUGCUCUGGCUGUCCACUCUGUCAGUGUGAUGGCAGGGUAGGGAUGUUUCUGGUGCUUCCCACCCUAACAUCCGAGAGCAGAAAUGGGAAACUGAGGCGUGUCUGAACCAGAGAGAUUUAUGUGGAAGGGUUUGGGAUGGAGGCCAUUCCCUUACACCUUCUGGCAUUGGCUUGAAGACAGCCAGAUAUCACACCUUCCCCCACUGCCUUUCAGGGAAUCGCUCUGCAAUCAUGGAAUGCCUGAACCUAACCUCAUUUCUCUCUUCAUCAUAUUCCCAUUAUUAUCUGGACUUUCAACCUGCCCUCACGAGCUACUCCAUGAACAUAUCCUCACAAUAGCUAUCCCUUGUGCAGCUGCACUCACACAAUACUGUUUGGGAUGGGUACCUGCCCAUCCAUCCAUUUCAACUAAAAUUCUUAUGUCUCUCUGACUGUCCACCCAUACAUCCAUCUGUCCUAAAAUAGACCUUAACUGCCAGUCCCUUCCAUCCAUCCACCCAUCCAUUCACCUAUCCAGUCUUUCUUUCACACCUUCUCCCCUUGCUCUCUCUCAUUUCUCUGGUGAAUAAAAAAGGUGGACAUGAGCUAGCACCCUGUGCUGGCAGUUCAGAAAGCCAACUGCAUCCUGGGCUGCAUCAAAAGAGGUCUCCAGAAAUGUGGCGUCAAAGCUUUGGACUUCUAGGAAAAUCCUACACCCAUGACACAACGGGAUCCUUUUUGCUGGGGAAGUGGCUCUACACGUCCCUGUACUCAGUGCCUCUGUGUAGUGCUGUGGUAGAUGUUGCUAUCCAGGAUUAUGUGGCUGAUGUGGCCUCAGAACUCACGUACCAGAACAAGAGUCCCAUCUCCACAGAAGUCCUCUUUGCCUUCCCCUUGGGCCCACAGAUGUCCAUAUACUCCUUCCAGGCCUGCAGUGAGGAUGCCAAGGUCCAGGCCAUGCUGCAGGAUGAGCUCUCUGUGCUUCCCCUUCCCACCCAGGCCCAGCAGCUUCAUGAAGCUACAGGGAGCUGGGAGGAUCUGGAAUACCUUCAGGAUCAGUCUAGGUACCCAGGCGAGGUGUUUGCCUGCUUCCUGGGCACACUGUCCCCCGGCAGGGAGCUGGUGGUGUCGCUCCGCUAUGUCCAGGAGCUGCCACGGGAGCCUGAUGGAGCAGCGCGGUUUGUGCUGCCACGCACCCUGCACCCCUACACAGAACUCCAUGCCUGGAACUGUCUCAGUAGCCAACUGCCCUACAGCCUGCUGCUCACAGCUAGCCUGCAGUCCCCCCGUGGAGUGGUCGAUGUCCAGGCCAACUGCUCCCUCACCCCUUUGAUCUACACUGCCCAGGACCGCAGCACUGCCCAGGUCUCACUGGCUGGCAGCCCCCCAGGACAGUGUGAUUUGGAGCUACUGGUGUAUUUUGGAGACCCCAGUGCAGUCAGUGCUGUGGUGGAGAAGGGAAACCCUGAGGCCCCUCCAGGCUCCCUGCUUGGUGAUCCCAUGGUUUUGGUGACACUGGCACCCAGCAUCCCUGAGGCAGUGCCUGGGCAGCGCCAGUCUGGAGAGUUCAUCUUCCUCCUGGACACCACUUUCCUUGAGCAUGCCCAGGACUCCCUGCUCUUCCUCCUCAAAAGCCUGCCUCUGGGUUGCUACUUCAACAUCUACUGCUAUGAAGCAGCAUCUGUGGGCAUCUACCCGCAAAGUGUUGAAUAUACUCAAGACAACGUGACUGAGGCCAUGCAGCUCAUCCCUUCCACUGGCUCCACUCCGGGUGACACCAACCUGCUCGGGACCCUCCGCGCUGUCCACGGCACCCCCCGCCCCCCCGGGCAUGCACGCCAGCUCUUCAUCUUCAUGACUGGGCUACCCUCUGACAAGGAAGCCAUCGCAGCUGAGGUCUGUCGGCAUCGCAACAGCCACCGGUGUUUCUCCUUCUCCUUCUCUGAGGACAGCGCUGCCCUGGCUACAGCCCUGGCCAGGGAGACAGGGGGUGAAGCUACCUACGUCUCCUCCAACAACAGUAUGACAGCUGCGGUGUUGCAGUGCCUGAAGAGGGCCCUCAAGCCAGCAGCUGAAGUAGUCUCUCUGAGCUGGACCCUGCCACGUGGCCUGGAGGUUGAAGUGCUGGGGGGUACCCCUCAGUUUAUCUUUCAAGGUCAACACAGACUUCUCUAUGCCCAGAUCCAUGGACAGGCACAGGAUAUGACGGGGGCCAAGGGGGUCAUGACUUUGCAGUGCAGCCUGGAUGGCCAGGAUGUCACUCACAGGAUUGAAUUCCAACUCUGCUCACAGGGAGAUGGAAGGCUGGCUGGGCAUCGUCUGGCUGCAAGGUCCUUACUGCAGAGGUUGUUGCCCGAGGCUGCGAGUGGGUCAGGGGAUGAACCCAGGCAUCGUGCAGUGGAGAUCAGCCUCGCCUCAGGGAUCAUCUGCCCCUUUACCAGCUAUGUGGGCAUUCGUACAUCACAGAGGGUCCCCUGGUACCAAGGGCCUCUGGCACUGUUGACACCCUGGCAGUCGCACAUCUCCUGCCAGAUAGUUGAGCUUCGUGGCUCGUGUAAGGACUCUUCGUGCUAUCCUGUGACCGUGUGGGUCCCACCUGGCUGGCUGACAGCGGUGCAGGAGUCAUGGCGUGCCCUCCGUCAACUCACCUGUGGCAUCACUGCCCUGCCCAACCGCGGGGCUUGCUCAAAAGCAUAUAAACCACUACCAGCAUCUGUUUCUUCUCUCAAGUAUGUGGAUCCUACAGCAUAUGUGUUGUGCUCUCCAAUUUUUGCACCAUGGUCCACUGAAGCCUUGGCUGAGUGCCAGAAGCUGGUAGUGCUGCAGAGAGAAGAUGGCUCCUGGGCCCUCAGCUCAGGACUGGCCUCUGUGCUGGAGGUCAGUGAAGCUGAAAUCAAGAGAAAGAUGCCUGGUGAGGUCAUGGAACCAAGCAUUUGGGCCACGGUGCUGGCUGUGACCUGGUUGCACAGACCUGACAAAUGUUACCAAGACUACUGUGAACUUCUGGAGGCCAAGGCCGUGACCUGGCUGUGCAGCCAAGCUGGGUCCCAGCUGGACAAGUGCCUGGAGGCAGCCAACAACCUCCUUGGGAGCAGCACACAGCCAAGUAUCUUCAGGCUCUGAGUUCACAUCUGCCUUGAUACAGACCAACAGCACCUGCAGAGCUGAAAAGGGCCAGAAGGUAUAACCCCAAUUCACAUACUGUGCUGGGAUACCACUUUUGCUACCAGCUGGAGUCUUACAUUACAGAUUAUUUCUCUGCUUAUAUCUUAUACUGCUUGGACUGGAUCUGUAUCAUGCUGAACUCCUCAAGAGAAAAGCUCCAAUUCAUCCCCUUCAGAGUGUUUAGUCUUGGUAGAGGUGGGAGUGGGAAGGAAGAAUCACAUUCUGUAGUACCUGCCCUUCCUGAAUUAAACUUUGGCAAAAUGGCUACUGGCUCCCACAAAGGUGAUGCUUAGGGACAUGGUUGGACCUAGCUGUGGACUUAGAAGUGCUGGUUUAACCAUUGGACUCAACGAUCUUGAUGGUCUUUUCCAAACUAAAUUAUUUUAUGAUUCUAUGGUUUCUGUUUUGACAAGAAAAUACUUUGCACACUAGAAAAGAUCAGUGUUUAGAGGUGUCAACAGGAGGUACCAUUGCAGAGGCUCACAAUGAAGGACUCCUGCUGCACCUCAGUUGCUGAUUUGCUUUAUCCUGAAAGUCCAGAUUGUGUCAGGAACUCCCAUAUCUUUCCUUUGCCAUGUAAACCAAUCAUUUUGUAAGUUAAACUCUCAUCUUCAUCAGACUCAGCCCAUCAUAAGGCUUAAAAGAGCUCAAGUGAUGUGAGACUGAUUAAAAAAUUAUCAGUAUGUUGGAGGUGGAACUGCAGGAGCUCUUGAUUAACAAACCAGUCAUGCAAUUUACUCCCUCUGCCUCUGGGUCCUUAAUUCAUGGGUGUCACUUCAUGUUGGCAAAGUCUCUGCUUCUCUUCCCAAUAAACAGUGAAUCUUCUGUAAUGCAAAA